AACUGAUUAAUUACACCCAAACUUAAAAGAUUCUCCACAAAAGAUACAACAAGACUCCACUCAAGAACUGAAGAAGACGAAGAAAUCGUAGAAGAGAAAAAUCCACUACAAUCUUCAAGACCCAUGUCUCUAAUCACUCAUUUCUUCUUCUUCUUCUUCGUCUUCUCAAUCGUCUCUUUAUUCAAAAUUUCAAAUUCCACACCCUUAAAACCACACCCACUUCCAAUUUUACCCCUCCCUUCAUCACAACAGCUCCAAUGGCAGCUCGGAUCCAUGGCCAUGUUCCUCCAUUUCGGACCCAACACUUUCACCGACUCAGAAUGGGGCUCCGGAAAAGCCGACCCGUCCGUUUUCAACCCGACCCAUCUCAACGCGACCCAAUGGGUCCAAAUCGCUAAAGACUCAGGCUUCUCUCGCGUCAUCCUCACAGCAAAGCACCACGACGGUUUCUGCCUCUGGCCCAGCGAAUACACCGAUUACUCCGUCAAAUCGAGUCCCUGGAGAGCCGGAACCGGCGACGUCGUGGCCGAACUAGCUUCCGCGGCGGCGGCCGCCGGUAUCGGACUCGGUCUCUACCUUUCUCCGUGGGAUCGGCACGAGGGAUCUUACGGGGAGACAUUGGGGUAUAACGAGUAUUAUCUGAGUCAAAUGACCGAGUUACUUACCAAGUAUGGAGAGAUCAAAGAAGUUUGGUUAGAUGGAGCAAAAGGAAAAGGAGAAAAAUACAUGGAAUAUUUCUUCGAUACUUGGUUUAGUUUGAUCCACCAGCUUCAGCCCGGCGCCGUCAUCUUCUCCGACGCCGGUCCAGAUGUCCGGUAUAUCGGUAACGAAAAUGGAGUCGCCGGUUCAACUUGCUGGUCUCUCUUUAACCGAACCAAUGCCAAAAUCGGAGGCACUGACCCUCUGUAUUCUCUUGAAGGUGAUGGCUUUGGGCAAGAUUGGGUACCUGCGGAAUGCGAUAUAUCGAUCAGACCGGGUUGGUUUUGGCACGCGUUGGAGUCACCCAAACCGGCGGUUCAGCUCCUGGAUAUAUACUAUAACACGGUGGGAAGAAACUGUCUCUUCUUGCUCAAUGUACCUCCUAACUCUUCAGGACUGAUAUCUGAACAAGACAUCAAGGUACUUGAGGAGUUCCGUGAGAUUAAAACAUCGGUUUUCUCGAACAAUCUCGCUCGCAAAGCCGCGGUUAACUCCAGCAGCGUCCGUGGCGGCCAGAGCUCAAAGUUUGGUCCUAAGAACGUUUUGGAAGAAGGGUUAGAUAAGUAUUGGGCUCCAGAGGAGAAGCAGAAGGAAUGGGAGUUGUAUUUUGAGUUUCAAGACUCGGUUAGUUUCAAUGUGUUGGAAGUUCAAGAACCGAUCCAAAUGGGUCAGAGAGUUGCGUCUUUUCAUCUCGAGACGAGGAACAUUGGAAGUGGAAAGUGGACGAGAGUCGUGAAUGGCACGACGGUUGGGUUGAAGAGGCUUUUACGGUUUCCGAGAGUCGAGUCUCGGUCUCUGAAGCUCGUAGUGGACAAAGCCAGGACCGAUCCGCUUAUAUCGUACGUUGGAAUCUACAUGGAUAAGUUUUCGGUUUCGAGUAGAAACUCAUCAAAGAUAACAAUCACAAGGACACUUCAGGAGGAGCAACAACUCAUCUCUGAGAGACUCACCACAUAAAGUGUUGGGUUUUCUUGUAUUGUGCGUUGCACAUCAAUCAAUCAAAGUUAUGUAUUUGACACUAUCCUUGUGAAUUCUAAAGCAAAUAAAAUGAUUAGUUUUGAUUCAGCUA